GUGACGUUACAGUGGUGACGAGCGCGUGUCGUCACUCGAGCGCCCCAGCGGAAGCGUCGAGUGCGUGGUCUCAGGGUCCUCCUCACCAUGGUUCCCGGAGUGCCGCUCCCGCCGGAGAUCCAGCUGGCGCAGCGCCUGGCGGGCAAUGAACAGGUGACGCGGGACCGCGCGUUGCGGAAGCUGCGGAAGUACAUCGAGGCCAGGUCGCAGCGGGCGACAGGUGGUUUCACUCCAGAUGAACUGCUAAAAGUAUGGAAAGGACUGUUUUACUGCAUGUGGAUGCAGGACAAGCCCCUCCAGCAGGAAGAACUAGGAAGGACCAUUGCCCAGCUUGUCCAUGCUUUUCACACGACGGAGGCACAGCACCAGUUCCUGAAGGCCUUCUGGCAGACCAUGAUCCGGGAGUGGGUGGGCAUUGACAGACUGCGCCUGGAUAAGUUCUACAUGCUCAUGAGGAUGGUCCUAAGUGAGUCACUGAAGGCUGUGAAAGCCCGGGGAUGGGACGAGAGACAGAUAGAGCAGCUGCUAGAGCUGCUAACCACUGAGAUCCUGAACCCCGACAGCCAGGCCCCCAGUGGGGUGAAGAGCCACUUCCUAGAGAUCUUUCUGGAGGAGCUGGCCAAAGUGGGCGCUGCAGAGCUCACCGCAGACCAGAAUCUGCAGUUCAUCGACCCCUUCUGCCAGAUAGCAGCCCGCACUAAGGAUUCCCUGGUUUUGCAUAAGAUCAUUCAGAGCAUCUUUCAGACGAUUGUGGAACAGGCUCCCUUGGCCAUCGAAGACAUCAUGAAUGAACUGGACACACAGAGUGGAGAGGGUGAAGCAUCAGAUGGUGAUGAUGGUGAAGCGUCAGAUGGUGAUGAUGGAGAAGCGUCAGACAGUGAUGAUGGUGAAGCAUCAGAUGGUGAUGAUGGUGAUGUGGCAGACAGUGAUGAUGGUGAUGUGGCAGACGAUGAUGAUGGUGACGUGGCAGACGAUGAUGAUGGUGACGAUGAUGAUGGUGACAGUAACAAGUCCUCAGAGGGUGAGGAGGAUAUGCAAGACACACCACCCAAGAAGCUGCCUGCAGGCACCGUACAUAGGGCUGGCCCUGAGGCAGACAAGGAACAGGCGUGGGAUGACGAGGAGAACACUGGCCCUGUCCUCCAGUUUGACUACGAGGCACUUGCUAAUAGACUGUUCAAGCUCGCCAGUAGACAGAGCACCCCUUCUCAAAACAGGAAGCGCCUCUACAAAGUGAUCCAAAAGCUGAGGGAGCUGGCUGGAGGCACUUUCCCAGAGGAUGAUGUCCCUGAAAAAGCCUACAAGAAGAUGCUGGAAGGGAGGCGGGAACGGAAGAAGAAAAAGAAGCGCUUGCCCAAACCUCAGCCCCAGAAUAAGGAAGCGGGGAGUGAGGCAGAAUCCUCAAGUGCAGACCCAGGCCCAGGAAAGAAGAGGAAGAGGAACAGGAAAACGGAUGAGAAGGCUGGCCAAGGGGGGCCUCCUGGGAAGAGGAGGAAGCCUGGGGCUAGAGCAAAGGGGGCUGGGGCCCAGCAACCAAAGAAGAGGACACAGUCAUCACAGAGUGCGGAGUGAGGUGCACAGCCCAGGCUGGCACAUGGUGGAAUGGGCAGGAUACCUGGGCAUGCUCCUGCAGCCUCAGGAUGCCGAGGUUCUGAGCGUCCGUCCUAUAGGGGAGGAGCAGGAGGAGGACGGAAGAAACUCUUGGUUUAGUCCCAGCCUUUAAGCAUGAUCCUGCCUCAGAGCCAUGUCCUGCAUCUCAGAAAAACACUCAACAUUUCACUUGUACAUAUGCUAUGGCUGUGCCUGAUCCUAGCCAGAGAGGCCAGAAGAUCUGGAGACUGAGUCCAGCCUGGGUUGUAGAGUAAAUCCCUGUCUCAGCUUCCCUCCCUCAUAGUCAGGAAAACAAAACCAAGUAACUGUGUGGUCACUGUGUCCCCCACCCUCGGCUGCCCGCAAAUAAACUGCUUCUCCCAUUUU